GAUUUGUAUUACCUCAUGGACCUCUCCGCCUCCAUGGACGACGACCUCCACACAAUCAAAGAGCUGGGCUCCCUGCUUUCCAAGGAGAUGUCUAAAUUAACUAGCAACUUUAGAUUGGGCUUCGGCUCCUUUGUGGAAAAACCUGUAUCCCCUUUUAUGAAAACAACAGCAGAAGAAAUCGCAAACCCUUGCAGUAGUAUUCCCUACUUCUGCUUGCCUACAUUUGGAUUCAAGCAUAUUUUGCCAUUGACGAAUGAUGCUGAAAAAUUCAAUGAAAUUGUGAAGAAUCAGAAAAUUUCUGCUAAUAUUGACACACCUGAAGGUGGAUUUGAUGCAAUUAUGCAAGCUGCUGUGUGUAAGGAAAAAAUUGGCUGGCGGAACGACUCCCUCCACCUCCUGGUCUUUGUGAGUGAUGCUGAUUCUCAUUUUGGAAUGGACAGCAAACUGGCAGGCAUCGUCAUUCCUAAUGAUGGGCUCUGUCACUUGGACAGCAAGAAUGAAUACUCCAUGUCAACAGUCUUGGAAUAUCCGACAAUUGGACAACUUAUUGAUAAACUGGUGCAAAACAACGUGUUACUGAUCUUUGCAGUAACCCAAGAACAAGUUCAUUUAUAUGAGAAUUACGCAAAACUUAUUCCUGGAGCAACAGUAGGGCUACUUCAGAAGGACUCUGGAAACAUUCUCCAGCUGAUCAUCUCAGCUUAUGAAGAACUGCGGUCUGAAGUGGACCUGGAAGUGUUAGGAGACACGGAAGGACUCAACUUGUCAUUCACAGCCGUCUGUAACAACGGCACCCUCUUCCCACACGAAAAGAAAUGCUCUCACAUGAAGGUGGGAGACACAGCUUCAUUCAACGUGACUGUGAAUAUGCCGAAGUGCGAGAGAAGCAGGCACAUUAUCGUAAAGCCUGUGGGGCUGGGGGAUGCACUCGAAAUACUUGUCAGUCCAGAAUGCAACUGCAACUGUCAGAAAGAAGUGGAAGUGAAUAGCCCCAAAUGCAGCAAUGGGAACGGCUCCUUCCAAUGUGGGGUGUGUGCCUGCAACCCUGGCCACAUGGGGCCUCGCUGUGAGUGUGGUGAGGACAUGCUGAGCACAGAUUCCUGCAAGGAGACCCCAGACCACCCUUCCUGCAGCGGAAGGGGUGACUGCUACUGUGGGCAGUGCAUCUGCCACUUGUCUCCCUAUGGAAACAUUUAUGGACCUUACUGCCAGUGUGACAAUUUCUCCUGCGUAAGACACAAAGGGCUGCUCUGCGGAGACAACGGCGACUGUCACUGUGGCGAGUGUGUGUGCAGGGGCGGCUGGACCGGCGAGUACUGCAACUGCACCAGCAGCACGGACUCGUGCGUCUCCGGAGACGGGGUGCUCUGCAGCGGGCGAGGGGACUGCGUUUGCGGCAAGUGUGUUUGCACGAACCCUGGAGCCUCAGGACCAACCUGUGAACGAUGUCCUACCUGCGGUGACCCCUGUAACUCUAAACGGAGCUGCAUUGAAUGCUACCUGUCUGCAGAUGGCCGGGCCCAAGAAGAAUGUGUGGACAAAUGCAAACUAGCUGGUGUGACCAUCAGUGAAGAAGAAGAUUUCUCAAAGGAUAGUUCUGUUUUCUGCUCUCUGCAAGGAGAAAAUGAAUGUCUUAUUACAUUCCUAAUAACUACAGAUAAUGAGGGGAGAACCAUCAUUCACAGCAUCAAUGGAAAAGAUUGUCCAAAACCACCAAACAUUCCCAUGAUCAUGUUGGGGGUUUCGCUGGCUAGUCUUCUCAUCGGGGUGGUCCUACUGUGCAUCUGGAAGUUGCUGGUGUCAUUUCAUGAUCGUAAAGAAGUUGCCAAAUUUGAAGCAGAGCGAUCAAAAGCCAAGUGGCAAACGGGAACCAAUCCACUGUACAGAGGCUCCACUAGUACUUUUAAAAAUGUAACCUAUAAACACAAGGAAAAACAAAAGGUGGACCUUUCCACAGAUGGAUAG